GAAAGCGACAGACACAGAACAUAAGCACAAGUUUAGCGCGUGAAGAGUUGGAGAACUCCAUUCGAAUUGCAUUAGGUCUACUGGAAUACGUGUGUAUUAACGCAGUACGCUCAGAAGUCAAAACUACAACGGUCAUAGAAGACAAUAUAAUGCCAUGUUUUUUAUGGCACCGGAAGAUGGAAAUAUGCGUUUCUGAAGAGAGAACAAGACAUCGGCGCAAGGCAGAAUUCUAUGGACUGGACUAGAUUUUAAGCUAAUCACAAGCCCUGCCUAUUUUUAUGAGUGUAUAGCGCUAUCUGUGCUCACAAUUUUUUGAUAACCCCCCAGGAUCACUGGAGAUAAACACAUUUCCCCUUCCAACCAUUUUUGCUAAUUCUUAGCAAAGCACCAGAAGAACCCAAUUUUACCAUCUGCUUCCCAGUGAAGCUAAAUGGAUCCUUCUAUUUCCAUCCCACACUCCCCCACCCCUGCCUCCCCCCACACCCUCCCUCUCUUCCCCAACCACUCAUUCCCGUCCUCCUCACCCUCCCUACCGCCUUCCCCGAGCCUGGCCUCCACCAUCCUCUUCUGCUCGGUGCUCUCCCUCAUGUCCCUCCUGGGCAUCGCGGGGAACGUCUACACCCUGGGCCUCUUGCUGGGCCGGCGCAAAGGGAGGAGACGUAGACGAAGCAGGUGCUGCGUUGGCUGGCUGUGCCUUUCGCCCUCUUCCCCAUGCUCCCCUUCCUCCUCGCUCUCCCCUUCUUCGUCCUCCUCCUCCUCCUCCUCCUCCUCAUCUCUCUACCUCCAGGUCUUGAGCCUAGCCCUGGCCGACCUCCUCUACCUCUCCACGGUCCCCUUCAUCGUGUACGACAGCCUGGCAGCCGACUGGGCCUUCGGGGAGCUGGGCUGCCGGCUGCUGCUCAGCCUGGACCUGCUCACCAUGCACGCCAGCAUCUUCACCCUCACGGCCAUGAGCCUGGACCGCUACCGGGCCGUCGCGGACCCGCUGACGGCCUCCUCCUCCCCGUCGCCGGGCCUGCUCCGGGUCGCCCUGGCCUGGGGGCUGGCGCUGGCUCUCAGCCUCCCCAUGAUGAUCACCCUCCACCUGGAGGACGGGGGCAACCAGGAGGGCCAGCUGUGCGUGCCGGCCUGGGACGAGCAGAGCUCCAAGGUCUACAUGAGCGUGCUCUUCUGCACCAGCAUCCUCGGCCCGGGACUGGCCAUCGGGGCCUUGUACGCCGCCCUGGGUCGCCUGUAUUGGGUCUCCCAAACCCAGCCUCCAUGGGCAAGCACAAGCAGCACGUAUCCUGCUCGUGCCCCCCGCCCCAAAGUCUUGCUCUUGAUCCUGGGAAUAGUUCUGGCCUUUUGGGCCUGUUUCCUCCCCUUCUGGAUCUGGCAGCUGCUGCCCCUGUACCGGCCGGAGGUGCUGAGGUCCGUCCCCACCAGCACUCAGGUUACCGUCAACAGGGUCCUCACGGGGCUCACAUAUGGGAACUCCUGCGUCAACCCCUUCUUCUACACCCUUCUCACCGGCAAACGCAAGAGCAGUCGCUCCAGGCAGACUCUCACCACAGGCGGUCUCACGUCAGGGGCCCAGCUGUCCCACAAGAGGAAGCCGAUCCACUAGUGCCCAAGAUUGAGGCACAACUUCGAACCAGGUGCUGAUUUGGUGCCAUUGUGUUCCAGCUGCUCAGUUGUUCUAGAAUGUUCUCAUAAUCCCGUGACGGUCUCUCACUGUAGGAACUCAUGGAUGCAAUCUGGACUAAUGCAACUUCUUUGCCAGCAGGUAGACUUUUAGAAUCUGCAUAUAGACUUUUUAAAACUAUAUAUAUUUCUUAAUGUUCCUCUCUGUUCCCCUCUAUGGCACUAUGGCUUGGAUGAACACAGAGACAAUAUGAAAACAGAUAAUUACAGAAAUGCCAUAGUUAUGUCCAGCCUUCCCUCUAUCCCUAACAUCUUGGAUCAGAUUUACAGUUCUUUCUCUGAACUAUGAAAGUACUUAUUUACAUAACUACCCACAAAUGUAGUAAAUAAGACAGAAUACACAUUAAUGAAGACUGUCAUACUAAUGCAACAACUGACCACUUUUACUGUGCCACUACAAGACUGAAAACCCCUUUGGAACAUUACUCAGAUUGUUUACUUCUGAAUGUCCCACCAUAGGACUGAUUUGUCAUUAUUACAUUAAAAAAAGAUGUAAAAUUUGGGAAUUGGAUCCCGAAUUUGUGAUUUUUUUUUACUUCUCUGUUUAGGAUAAUACCAGUAAGGUGUGGUGGAGGUGUAAUUUAUUGUGUAUUUUCAGUUGGAAAGUGAAUAUCAUCUAUACUCUGGGCCAGCUAAGGCUAAAUGUUUUCAGAAGAUUUUGGUUAGAUUUCCAUUUGGUUGUGAGAUAAAGUUGUGAUGAAAAUUUUCCACCAACAGUCUUAAAGUGUUUCAUUGUUCCAAACAGGUUCUGCCAAAGUCACAGAAAAAAUUUUCCUGGCACGUUGUGUAUAACCUUAUGCUGGCGACAUCCCCAGAUGGUUAUCGUUUAGUCAUUUUAAAAGUCACGGAGGAUAUCUGUCAAAUCUUACAUAUGUUUUAAAUGGAAGUAUUGAAAUGGCAGAUUUGUUCAUUAUUAGCAUUCGUGAUGGAAUUAACAUUAAUGACAAUCAUCCAUAAUUCAGAUUUUUUGAGCUUUAUUAACAAAAUUGAAUGCUCUGAAUGUUUUUCCUGUAAUGUUCCUUGUCGCUUAAAGAGUAUUUUCAAGGGACAUCCAGGAAACUUGUACUCACUUUCCCAAUGUUUUGGGAAUGUUCUAAGAACCAAAAAUGGUUUCAAACCAGACAUUUCUGCAUACUUUUAUAGCACUUUCACACAGAAAGCUAUUGAUCAAAGCAUUUUUGUUCAAAAAGAUUACUUGCAUGUGUUUUGAAUUUUUUCUUUCUGAUAAACCAUGCAAUGUACUGCAUGGCGAUUACAUUGUUAUGUUUGUAAAGUUUGAUGAAUGUAAUAUAUAAUCAUAAAUAAAAAAUAAUUCUUUAUAUACUUAAGUACAAAUUUAUGUUACGGGU